CCCGUUUUACAGAUAAAGUCACUGAGGCACAGAGAAGUUAAGUGACUUGCCCGAGGUCACCAGCAGACAAGAGGACGCUUGUUGUUAUUGUUGGCCGAGGCGAAGAAACGUAAGCCGAACGAAUAGAAAAAAACAUCACUUCUAUUUUUGGAGACACGGGGAGUCAAGACUUCAGAAGGACCUGGAUUCUAAUCCUGCACCUGCCAAUUGUCUAGCCCAGAACGACCCAGGCGGGCGGAACAGGAGGAGCCCCGUCCGGGAUCCGGCUCCGGGAGGAUCCGCAGCUCUUCACCGGGAGCCCUUCGGUGGCUAUGAGGCGGGGGCUGAGCGAUGCCGGAUGUGGAGCCGGCGGCCCCUGACUUCGCCGCUUCGGGCCGCGUGGGCCGCCGCAACGCCUUGCCCGACAUCCUGGGCCCGUCCGCCACCGCGGGAGCCCCGGACCUGCCCGCCAAGCUGGCCGGCCUGGCCGGGGCCGAAGAUGGAGGAGCAGAAGGUAGAGAGAGCCCUCCCACCUCUUCGCAACCACAGAGUCCAGAGAUGGAGGGGAAGAGCGGUGGUUCCUAAAGGCCAGGGGCCCCUCCGUCUCCCACUCUCCCCCGCUCCCGCAAGAGAUGUCUCUGGGGCCCGGCGGACCCCGUGCCCCAAGAUCUGGCCGUGACCUCGGGGCGUCCCACGAGGACCCUGGGGCCCGCUUCCGACGGGAGACCGCCGCCGGAGAGUUCCCCGCCUCCUCCCUGGCCGGGACCACCCCCAAAUCGAAGCACCUUCCGUCCGCAAGGAAGAAGGCGAGGAUGGACGGAGCGCCGGGCCCCGGCCUUUCCCGGGGGAGAAGAAGCCCAGCCCAACUCGUCGCUUGCGUCCGGGGGUCGGCAUUAGCCCGACGGCUCUCCACGUCCGCUCUGUCGGGGGGACGCCGGGCUCUGCGGGGCGGAGAGGGAGUCCCGCGGUGGGGGUGCAGGAGAAGGGCCCCAGCUAGGCCAAUAAAGAUCCAGCACCGAA